GUGCUGCACCGGACAAAUAACCGCUCCGUAUUUGAAAGCUGGACGUUCCUUAGAAACUAUUGUUGUUGUCGUUGCAUUCGAGUGUAAAUGUCGCCCUGACGUGCGCAUAGCAACAUAUCUGGACAUGUUCAAACUGAAGAUAGUUGUAGUUGGACCAUUACAAUCUGGAAAAACUGCAAUCUCUAAUUUCCUGGCAGAGGCAACUGAAAGCUCACAUGGACAAUACUCCCCCACAGUAGGUGUAAGAAUCUUGGAAUUUGAGAGCGAGUCAAUCGCGGUGAAAGGACGCCAAAGAAGGGCAUCAAUUGAACUCUGGGACUGCAGCGGAGACGAAAAGUAUGAGUCUUGCUGGCCAGCUAUUGCGAAGGAUGCGCACGGAGUGAUGCUUGUACACAACCCAAAUCAGAAAAAUAUCGAGAAAGAGUUGGAAACAUGGUACAACAGCUUCGUGCUCUCCCAAGGCAUGGAUGAUGAGCAGUGCGCUGUGUUUCAGUAUCGAAGCUCUGGACACACGAAGACCAUGCAUCCCCACGCAUUCGCCAGAUUCUACUGGGCAACAAGCGGUAUGGAUGACAACGGUGGCGAAUCGCUAAAGCAAGAUUUCUACAGAUACCUGGAAAGGCUGCUAAACGUCGUUAGCGAGAAGCACGACCAGGAGGAGCUCAAUAUAAUCAGUCGCGACUGAGCGAUUGAAAAUUGAAAUAUGCCACGCCGCAACACCAAUACAGACACCCGUAUUGCCACCACAAGAGGACAAAAUGACUGAGGCUACCGCAGGAAGCAAGUGCGCAGACGAAUGGGGCGGUACGCAAGCGUUGUGCGUAACGGUGGACACAUGCAUUAGUUACUGCUGUCGUUUCAAUAAACGUGAAACAAUUUCC